UUUGAACGUCAAACAAUACAAAAAUAAAAAGUGACACGAAUUUUGAGGAUCGGAUCGAAAAGAAUGUUUCCUAUAGUUCCUCAAAAUUUUGAAAUAAGAAACCAUAGUUUUUCGAGUCCGGAGUUGAUUACGAGUUUUGUGACAGGCUCUUCGAAACUUUUGGUACCAGGAAAAGUCACAGCUUCGGCCACCAUUCCUCAAGGAGCUGUUUCGGCGCCCAUAGAGCCUGUGCAAUUGGUUGGACCGUCAGACGUCGUUCAGAUUUCUGCUCAGCCUAAUUCUCUGGGUACAAUCGACCUCGAAAAAAACUCGAAAGAAAUAUGGUCUGAUGAAAUUCACUGGGUUCGAGCUUUACGCCUUUCUGACGACUGUCACAGUUAUAACAUUCAGCUGCGUUUCCAACCAAAUCAACGACCAGGAACUAGCUUCAGCAAAAGUGUUUCAGCAUCAAAAUUAGUACUUCAGGCUGUGAGACCCAUCGAAACGGGUCAAGAAUUACUUUUGUGGUUUUCGGAAGAUAUAUUAGCAAUGCUGCAAAUCGCUUUUUUGACGCCAUCUAAUAUACAAGGACAAAAGAAAUAUGUUUGUACGAAAUGCUCCGCUCUUUACGAAUCGCCAAAUCCCUUAAAACUCCACAUUUCGCUGGGAUGUGGUCGGUACACCGUCACUUCACUUUGGGAGAGAUUAUCGAACGCAAUCCGCGAAAACGCUCUACAAAGCGUCACAAAACAAGACAUUUUUGAUUUUAAAUUAUCGCCAGAACCGCAAAUAAUGAGGCAAAGAAACGCAAUGGACCUCUCGAUGUCCAACUCGAAGCAAGAAGCUAGUCAAAAGGAUAUCUACCGGCCAUACAACAGUGAAACCUCCGCCUUCAGGCCCUUUAAAAAAUACCAAGACGAUGGUUUUACGCACAGAGAAAAUCUCCUGGUCCCGAUCAUGGACAAUGUGCAGAUCUGGCCUCUGGCGCCGUUUGAGCAGAACAGUUUCCACUUGCAACACACCCCUAGCGAGGACGAGGCCCACAUCGAGACCCUGGUCAGCAGCUUGGGCAAAUCGAAGCAAGGCCACAUUUGCCUCUAUUGCGGAAAAUGCUACUCGCGGAAGUACGGCUUGAAGAUCCACAUCAGGACGCACACGGGGUAUAAGCCGCUGAAAUGCAAGUUUUGCAUGAGGCCGUUUGGGGAUCCCAGCAAUUUGAAUAAGCAUGUGCGGCUGCACGCUGAGGGGAACACCCCGUACAAGUGCGAUUUGUGCGGGAAGAUAUUGGUCAGACGGCGCGAUCUGGACAGACAUUUGAAGUCAAGACACAUGAUUGAGAUGCAUCCAGGAUUGAAUAUUUUACAGGAGGACUCGAAUCCGGAUGAGAAUGUUAAGGGCGAAGGCGAGAUACCCAAUAGUUGAGUUGCUUUUUGUAUAGUGCGAUUUUUUAUGGAUAUUUUCACUUUUUAAAGAUUAUUAUAUUAAUAAAAUUAUUUUUGUAAAC